CAUGUCUUUCACCACAAUCAAACGAACGACAGCAACAGGAGUCACCCACGCACGCUCCACAUCAACCACUGCGAGCUUAAGGGGAUUUUUCCUUUGCAGAACGGGUGUUUGGACAUCGUCUGUGGUGCGCAUGACUGUCCAUUGCAAAGAUCUAGGGAGUCAGACGGAAUGGACAACACGACAGCCACCCGCCUCUGCAUACGUGUCACUCAUCCUCAGCCGCUGUUCCUUGCCGAUCUCCUCCUUGCACCAAGGCAGCGAGGUACGAUCGGCUGAUGGUCACGCGUUUCCGGGAGGUGAUGACGACCGGCAGGGAGGCAUCUUUUGCUCGGCACUUCUGAAGCAGCAGCCUGCGGACCUGACCCACACAAGCAUAGCCCACUGUGGAUGAAAGCUCUUGGCGAGUGCAUCCAUACAGCCGGGAGUGGAGUAAGUGCAGUGCAGUGCAUGGGCUGACCGCGUAUCGAUGGGAGCCGAAGAAGUCGAGCGAGUAGUCCUUACUCCGGCCGCCUCCAAGGCGAACGCGGAUCUUCGCCCGCGACGCCUUGCGGUCCACAGCCACCACCUCGCCCAACAUUUCUCGGCCCUCACCUUCAGCAUCAUCUGCUGUGUCACCGCUGGUGUCCAUUGCCAGCAGCAGGCGAUACUGCAGCUGUGUCCUGUCGAGCUGGUCUGGGGGAGUGGUCAGCCACAGCUUCAGCGAGGAGGGGGCGAUGGACAGCACGCGGAAGGUGGCCUUCUCCUUGCUCUUGCACAGGGACUCCAGCGCAGCCUGGACCUGCCACACACAUACACACACCACAAGCAAUAGGGGCCUGGCCUGUCUGAACGACCGACCGACAGCCCAUGCAUGCAGCUGGCGGACCGACCUCGUCCCUUUUGGCGCUCCCAGACCCUCGUGGGACGAUGCACCAGCCCACCCCAGUCAGCCCAUUCAUCUCGACGUGCGCGCGUGUGCGAUCGGCAGAGAUGGAAGACACCAGGCCCGUCACGUAGUCGCCCGUCUGAGGACAGCCGUCGUCCAGGGGACCGACAUAGGGCGUGCGGUAGUUGUGCUCGAGGAGGUAUGACGGGCUGAGGCACACGUGUCUCGGGGAGGCGACGACGAUCGGCAAGGAGGCGUCUUGGCUUUCCUGCUUCUCGAUCAGCAUCCCGGUGACCUGCCCGGCCAGAUGUAAGGAUGGAUGAGUGACAAGGAUGUCGCAGAGACACACGACACGAAUGUGGCUGGUUGAAGGGGGGGAAUGCGUGAGCUGACCUUGGCUUCCUCGUCUCGGGAGAAGUGGGCGACGUCGAGCCAGUACUCCUUGCUACUGCCGUUGUUGUGCUCAACACGGAUCCUCGCGCGCCUCAUCUCUCGCUCCACAGCUACCACCUCCCCCAGCACCUCACCAUCAGCCUUCCGCAUGUACUUGGCCUUCUCGUCACGGCUCCCUUCCACCGUCCCUGCCUGUGUGAAGCCGCGAUUGACCUGCUGAAGGAACCGCUUUCGCCCCCUUUCUGUGAUUUCGUCUGCGGGGUUGGGCUCGCUGCUUUGAGCGUAGCUUUGCAGGGCCUCCAGCUGUGCCGCCAGCCAGGGCAGCUCCGAUUCUAGCUGCGCGGCCCGGGCGAUGUCGGGGCGGGUGGGGCGAUCACCUGAACAAACGGGAGGAGGACAUUACACACACAGCCGAAGAGAGACUGACUCAUGGCAGUCAUAGUACUUACCACCGUCUGGCGGAAGGGCUAUGUGCCGCACAUUCACGCUUUGCGGGUCACACGCAUCCUUGACAAGGCCUUCAAUCGCCUUCAGGCCCAUGUACCUCCCAACAAGCCGCCCCUUCAACGCCGCUAUUUCUUCCUUUGCUUCAGGCAACCCCUCUCGCUCCUCCCCUCGGUCCUCAAGCACCUUCCUCACAGCCUCACGCCACUUCUGCCACACAAGCGCCACGCAUACACCUUCCGUCAAGUAUGCUUGAGCCAGGUGUUGCAGCAGGGCCAAGGACUCGUCAUCGAGUGACUGUUUGAUAAGAAGCGGCCAGAAGGUUGACUGGAGGUGGGUGAGGGGCCGUGAGAGCUCGUGACUGAACGGCUCGAGGGCCGUGAAAAGGGGGUCUGCCAGGUGGUGCUGGAUGGCCUCCAUGCCUGCGAUCGACAGACCCACGGCGCGGACAGCGUCUUUCUUGAGCGACAAAUCACCUGAAGGCCAUCCCAUCAUACGUAUACUCAAGUUGAGUGAAAUGAAUGUUCCCCGCGUACUCAGACAUACAGCAUACACACACCUGACCUGUGCUCAUGACGUCGGCAGCCUGCGCCAGCCAUGUCCGGAAAUGGGUGAAGACCUGCGCCAGCUGGACCGACUGCCGAUCACUCAAGGCAGCUGGUGGGGGUGCUGGCUCUGUGUUUGGGUCUGAGGGUGGGGGUGAGGUCGGUUGCGUAACCGCCAGCCUCUUCUCCGUGAUGCAUGACACGGGCCACACUAUGGCCAGCUGCGGGCAGAGGCGCGAUAGACGGGGGGCUUGGUUUCCAGACGAUGCGGAUGAUGCUGUCCACGACACAGCCAGACAGACAGACAGCACGUGCCGGACACACAUUCAAGCCGGCAGGUCCCAUACCCUCACAUACCACAUAGGUGUGUGCAGGUGCUCACCUCACCUUGCAACAACAUUGCCAUUGCCUGGGGUGCCGCAUCAGCCAGCAGCCCGACCGCCUGUCCUUGAAGCCCUACAACAUCCACCCUCCUCUCAUCCAGCACCACAGCCGCACUCAACACACUCAAGAGGUCCGAGAACGUCAUCUUCCCGCCGUUGCCACUCCUACUGCCGCCCUCGCCCGACUCGGCCGCGAUAUACCGCGCUAGUGCCCCCUCCCAGAGAGCCAGCAGCGGACCAGACGAGUGAUUCAAAAGCGCAAAGUCGCGCAGCACGCGGCUGGCGGACACCAGAGCGUCUCUCUUCGUCGGCGGAGAAGAGUCGGCUUCGCCCUCGCUGUCGAGGUCCACGAGGCGGCGGGCGAGCACGUCGAAGAAAGAUGCGUCGAGGACGUUGGCGUGAGUGCAGAGGCGGAUGAGCCGUUCGGCCGACGGGCGAGGGAAGAGGUCGGCGCACUUCUGGGCAUUGAAGCUGAAGCGGGCCCAAUCCUCACUGUCCACUGGAACCCGAUCUACAUCCGUCAGCACACACAAUACACCGAAACUCGCAUACAGUACAUGCCUUCCCUCCCCUUUCUUUCAUUACCUCUGACGAGCCUCUGUGCGGUCCGCAUGAGGCUCAAGACACUUGGCGGCGUCCGCAAGGGGUCAUCCAUGCCAACAGGUGCAUCAGCAGAAGCUUCAUCAGCAGCCGGUGCAGGGGCACUAUCGGCCUGCGUUCUCCUGAUCUUCCUCGGCCGCCGCCGCCUUCUGACAUGUUGGGUGCGAGCUGCUGCCACUGCAGAGGCAGACUCAGCGCUGGCGGCGCUCAGAAGGUAGGCGAAGCGACGAAUGGACAUCUUCUCACUCGGGAUGAUUGAUUGGCAUGCCUGGCGUGUGCACACACCUGCCACACGCACAGAAGACCUGUGCUGCCUGUCCGUCUUUGUUCCAGCUCUUUUACUUACGGUAUCGCUUCUUCUCUUCGAUGGACUCCCACAGAUCACAUUGCCUUUCCCUUCAGCAUUUCACCUCCC